UGGCCCUGCUGUGUUGUGGCGCAGCUCCGCCCGGCUAGUACUGCUUGGCUCUGGUGAGGGAAGCGCAAAAUGGCGGACGGAGAGCUGAACGUGGACAGCCUGAUCAGCCGCCUGCUGGAGGUGCGAGGAUGCCGCCCAGGGAAGAUCGUGCAGAUGACAGAAGCAGAAGUCCGGGGGCUCUGCAUAAAAUCCCGGGAAAUCUUCCUCAGCCAGCCCAUAUUGUUGGAAUUGGAAGCCCCACUAAAGAUUUGUGGUGACAUCCACGGGCAGUACACGGAUUUACUCCGGUUGUUUGAAUAUGGCGGCUUUCCUCCAGAAGCCAAUUACCUCUUCCUGGGGGAUUAUGUGGACAGAGGGAAACAGUCCCUGGAAACAAUCUGCCUGCUGCUGGCUUACAAGAUAAAAUACCCUGAGAACUUCUUUCUGCUCAGAGGGAAUCACGAGUGUGCAAGCAUCAACCGUAUCUACGGUUUCUAUGACGAGUGCAAGCGGAGGUUUAACAUAAAGCUGUGGAAGACUUUCACUGACUGCUUCAACUGCCUCCCGAUUGCCGCCAUCGUAGACGAGAAGAUCUUCUGCUGCCACGGAGGGCUUUCUCCUGAUCUCCAGUCCAUGGAACAGAUCCGCAGAAUUAUGAGGCCCACAGACGUCCCUGACACAGGUUUGCUCUGUGACUUGUUGUGGUCAGAUCCUGAUAAAGAUGUCCAAGGAUGGGGCGAGAACGACCGCGGCGUUUCCUUCACCUUUGGGGCAGACGUUGUUAGCAAAUUCUUGAAUCGACAUGACUUGGAUCUGAUUUGUCGAGCUCAUCAGGUGGUAGAAGACGGCUACGAGUUCUUUGCCAAGCGGCAGCUGGUCACCCUGUUCUCUGCCCCCAACUACUGCGGGGAGUUUGAUAACGCCGGCGGCAUGAUGAGCGUGGACGAAACCUUGAUGUGCUCUUUCCAGAUUCUAAAACCAUCAGAAAAGAAAGCGAAGUACCAGUACGGGGGGCUGAACUCUGGCCGGCCCGUGACGCCUCCUCGGACAGCCAACCCUCCUAAGAAGAGGUGAAAAGCAUAUCCUACAGAUGACGGCAGCCGAUCUCCCAUCAAGACAAAACUCCACCUUAUAAUAAGUGUGCACUGUUAACAUCACCCAGUUAUUUUUGACCCUUUUUAAAAAUGUCACGCACGUUUUACCUUCACGAGACAGGUAAAAGAUUCCGGAAGGAGGGUAAUAUUUUAAAAAUCUGCUUAACGCCCCAAAGUACCAGUAAAUAGUACGCACAUCUAAAAGUGCCCCGACGGCAUUGCUGAGUCCGCGUUCCUAGUAAUAAAUCAGUCCCCAAGGACCGCGUGCGACAGAACAGCCUUGCCGGCAGCGUUGCCCCCUCAGCAUUUGUCGCGUUAACCCUUUCAGUGCUGGCAAGAACUGCAUGACUUAACUCUCCAAAAAAACAAAUGUCCAACCCCAACAUCCACAGCUGGGGGUUGCAGUUCCCUUAUCCAUCCCUCCUCCCGGCAUUGAAGGGGUUACACUUUACCGUUGUCUCCCGAAACUUCACCACAUUAAAAAAAUUGUUUUUGUUUUAACGCGUGCGUUGUAAUUUCUGUCUCCGACAAUAAUAAUAAUCACCCAUUGUGUGCUCUGUGGUAUUUCGCUUUUCCACGCUUCCAGAUUUUCUUUUUUGUUUGUUUUCUUCCUUCCUGUCUCAGUCUGUUGACAAACGACCACUUUUUCGGUUCUAAUCUGCUUUUGACAUUAAAGAUUACUCUUCUUGGUACAUACGGCCGGUGUACAGCUUGCUUUAUGACAUGUACAGCCUGUUGUAAGGAGAAUGAACUGAUAACUGCAACGUAUCUAUCCUGUAAUGUUCAGCUUCACUAGAUGUUCCCUUUUGAUACUGACGUUCUGUGUCCUGAGACAUCUCUAUGGAUAACUGUCUCCCUCUGCUUCCACCAUUUCUAUCCUGUUACUGUUUUCAGUUCCGAUAUAAUACAGCAUGUAUACAAUAAAUGUUUGCACAUGAAACGCCUCUACGUUCCAAUGGCACAAUUUGCAAUAUUGCUUCUAGGUCCGUUCUGGAGCCACGGCACUCUGGAAGUGAGGCUUAGAAGCGACCGUUUGCAAAUUGUACGUGCUGCUAGUCUACCUUUGCCCUGUUUUUAGGAUUCAAGUCUACCCGUGGCCUACACAGUGGAUGCACAGAUUUCCGGACAGCAGAAAGGUCCAUUCUACUAGGAGCCACUUCGUGCCUCACACCUCAAUGGUUCUUAGUGUAAUAAACUAGCAGAACUGGUUCAACCUGUAAACUGUCUGCCUCCGUUGUGUAGGUUAUAUGUAGACUUCAAUUUAUUCGCGAGUAGCAGUCACAUGAUUAACAAUGAACUGUAUUCUGUCCCAGCCAUCUACUAACUGCUUUAAAUAUCUUUUUUGUUUUCUUUAUUGUUUUUCUUUUCGUUAUUUCAAUAAAAUGUCAUAAAGAAAA